UGAGACAUUGCACAUGAUUUUCUUUUUCUCCUUUCUCCUCUCUCUCCCUCUUCCGACACCACUGUCAUCCCCGAUACCAAAUCUCUCACCGGAUCAACAAUUCCAGUCCGCCACUAUCACUAAAUCAUCGUCACCGUCGAUGCCACUGACGUCUGUUAAUUUGUAGUCAAAAUGAAAACCGAGUAAAGGAAGAAAAAAUAAACAAAUAUCAAACCCUAAAAUGAGAAAGAGGAACUGAACGUUACAGAAAUCGGUCUUGAUCCCUAAAACCUUAGAAAAGAAGAAUAACCUGAUAUUGAAUAUUUGAAUCAGGGUUCACUGAAGUGGAUAAAGAAACCCUCUCAGAUUUCAUGAUCAGAAGAUUUUUGAAAUAGAUUUCUAAAGAUGAGUGUUGAACCGUUCAACAGGUUGGUGAAAUUAGCAGCCCGAGCUUUUUAUGAUGACAUUCCAUUGAAAGGCGAGAACCAGCCCAAGAACGGUAGAAGUGAUAACCGUGGAAUGGCGGUUGUGAUUCUAGAUGCCCUUACAAGGCGACAAUGGGUCAGGGAAGAGGACUUGGCCAAGGAUUUGAAGCUGCACACAAAGCAACUACGCCGGACUCUACGUUUUUUCGAGGAAGAGAAGCUGGUCACAAGGGACCAUCGAAAAGAGACGGCAAAAGGUGCACAGAGAUUUAGUGCCGCAGUAGCCAACACCACUGAUGGUCAUGGGAAAGAGGGAGAGGAAAAGAUAAAACUGCAUACCCAUUCUUACUGCUGCUUGGAUUAUUCACAGAUUUACGAUGUUGUAAGAUAUCGACAUCACCGCAUGAAGAAAAAACUGAAGGAUGAACUUGAUUGUAGGAAUACAGUUCAGGAAUAUGUAUGCCCUGGCUGCAAGAGAAGGUAUAAUGCACUGGAUGCACUUCAACUGGUUUCCCUAACGGGCGAGGGUUUUCACUGUGAAAACUGCAAUGGUGAACUUGUUGCUGAGAGUGACAAAUUAGCUGCUGAUGAAAUGGGUGAUGGAGAUGAUAAUGCAAGGAGGAGGAGACGGGAAAAGUUGAGGGACAUGCUUCAAAAGAUGGAGGGACAGCUGAAACCAUUGCUGGAGCAGCUCAACAGAGUGAAGGAUUUACCUUGUCCUGAAUUUGGUACUCUCCAAGCAUGGGAAGCCCGAGCCAGUGCUGCUCACCGUGCAGCACAUGGUGAUGCCAAUGGGAAUGAUCCAUCUAAGUCUUCUCAACAAUAUGGUGGAACACCUUUGCCAUUUAUGGGCGACGCAAAGGUUGAAGUUGAUUUUGGUGCGGCAGUGAAAGAAGAGGAUGUCAAACCUGAUGCUGGAGCGAUGAAAGUCUUGCCUCCCUGGAUGAUCAUGCAGGGCAUGAAUCUCACAAAGGAGCAACGUGGAGAAGCCACUACUGAGGAGUUAAAGGUCGAUGGGAAGCCAACAUCUGUAGAUUUGUCUGAUGAUAAAAAGCCAAAAGUCGAAAAGGAGGAUGAAAAAGAUACAAUACAGAGCGAGUACUAUAAAGCUUAUUAUGCAGCGAUAUUGAAAAGGCAAAAAGAACAAGAUGAAGCUGCGAAGAUGAAUCAAGAAGAGCUAACUAGUACUGAAAAUGGUUUCUCGGAUAUGCCUUCUGAUCGCCAGGUGGGCAUGAAAGCUAAACGUGAGGACGAUGAUGACGUUGAAUGGGAAGAUGCCCCAACAACAGGAACAGCAACUGGAACUUAUAAGUUAAACGAUUUGAAUGCUUCUGUAGAAGAAUCGGAGGAGGAUGAGAUAGAUUGGGAAGACGGUUAAAUAUUCUCCGCUUUCAAGGUUCAAUUUUUUUCCAUCUUCUUUAUAUCCCUCAAUAGAACUACGAUAAAUAGACGAUAAAUAGGAAAAGCGAAACAAAGAAAUCCAGAUCUGCGAAGGUUGUUCCUUUUUCCUCCGUAGGUCAAGUACUCUUUUGUAUUCAUUUUUCAACACCCACAAGGAGAAUUGUAUCUAGUGUUCUUCAAUUCCCUUUCUCCUAUCUAGUGCAUUUUGUGUGUUUAAUUGGAUGUUAAAUGUAGUCCUUAAGUGUGAAUAUUAGUCUCGUGUUAACACUAUUCAGUUUACCAGUUGGAAUGUCUUUUAAGUUCAAGCGGAUUCAAGUGUAACAACUUAGCCAGCAUUUCUGCAUCACUUCUUAGUUGUGGCACUUGUAAUUACUAGUUCUAUCCUUUCUGCAUCA